AUGGUCGCAGCAGGAGCCGCUGGCGCUAUUGGCGUUACUGACGGCCUGUCGAGUAUUCUGGCCGGCAGGGAUAUCCGAUGGUACAAGGGCCACUACCUCAGGCUCACCAUGAUCUGUCUUCUGAUCAUCAUCACGUCCAUGACAAACGGAUACGAUGGAUCCAUGAUGAAUGGUCUCCAAUCCGUCAAGAACUGGCAGGAGUACUUCAACAGCCCGUCGGGAACAACGCUCAGUUUGUUCAACGCCAUCCAGAACAUCGGCACGAUCGCUGGUCUUCCCUUUGCUCCCUACGUCUCUGACUGGUUUGGCCGUCGCUUCGCUAUCGCUUUCGGAUGCUGCCUCAUGCUUCUCGGCACUGCGCUGCAGACUGCGUGCCAGAACUUUGGCAUGUUCAUCGCCGCCCGUGGCAUCAUCGGUUUCGGCCUUUCCUUCUCGUGUCUUGCCUCCCCCGUCCUCAUCACCGAGAUCGCCUUCCCCACCCACCGUGCUCCCCUCACGUCCAUGUACAACUCGACCUGGUACUUGGGCUCAAUUGUUGCUGCGUGGACCACCUUCGGAACCUUUAGGAUCCAGAACACUUGGUCCUGGCGUAUCCCCUCGCUGCUGCAGGGUCUGCCCUCGAUCCUCCAGCUUGCUCUGAUCUGGACGAUUCCUGAGUCGCCCCGUUGGCUCGUUGACCAUGGAAAGGUUGAGAAGGCGGCGAACGUUAUUGCCAAGUACCACUGCAACGGUGACCGCGAAGACCCUCUCGUUGCCUUCGAGCUCGCCGAGAUUGAGGAAAGCAUCCGCAUCGAGAAGGAGAACCAGACCGGUUGGAUCGACAUCUUCAAGGGCCGCGGCAACCUCCGCCGUCUCCGCAUCAUCAUUGCCAUUGCCUUCUUCUCGCAGUGGUCUGGUAACGGUCUUGUCUCCUACUACCUCGUCCUCGUGCUCAACGGCAUCGGUAUCCGCUCGCAGGGCCACCAGACUCUGAUCAACGGCAUCCUCCAGGUCUACAACCUCUUCUGGGCCUACGCUGGAGCCUUGGCUGUCGACCGUCUCGGCCGUCGCUUCCUCUUCCUCACCUCGACUGCGGGAAUGUGUCUCUCGUUCGUGUGCUGGACGAUCUGUUCCGCUAUCUUCCGCCAGAGCUCUACCGUCUUUGACCAAGAGUGCAUGACCAAGUACCCUACCAGCUACGAGGACAACUGCACUGCACUGAACGCCAACCACGCUGCGGGCAACGGAGUGCUCGCAUUCAUCUUCCUCUUCUACGCCUUCUACGACAUUGCCAUGUCGCCUCUGCUCGUCUCUUACACCGUCGAGAUUGUCCCGUUCAAGAACCGCUCCAAGACGCUCAUGCUCAUGCAGCUCUCGGUCAGCGCCGCCCUCGUCUUCAACCAGUACGCCAACCCCGUGGCCCUCGAGGCGCUCAACUGGAAGUAUUACAUCAUCUACUGUGUCGUGCUUGCCUUCGAGUUUGUCUACUGCUACCUCUUUGUCGUCGAGACGCGCGGCAAGCACGGCCCCCUGCCGCUCGAGGAGAUCGCGGCCAUCUUCGACAGUCCCGGCGCCGCCUGGGGCUUCAAGAAGCGCCAGUUCAUCGACGAGCCCAUCGACAACGAGUCGCACCCAAACGCUCUUGACAUCGAUGACAAGAAGGGCCUCGACCACGAGCGCGUCAGCGAUGUCUCCAAGGCAGAGGGUCUCGAGAGAUCUGGCCCGUCAGCACAGAAGGUGGAACCAAUGGCGAAGUGGCAGGAUGGCAAGCAGAUUCCGAGUGCGGGAGUCCGAGAUGUUGAUCUGUGGCCAAUUGCGGAGAGGUGGCACUGCGCUGCAGGACAUAGCAAGGGAUGCAGAAAACAACAGGCGGCGGCCGCGGCGGCGCAGAACGGGGGAACGGAGAACGGGUUCGCGCACGAUCCGCGAGGUCCCGGGCCAGUACGGAACUCCUUCAGCCGCACGAGCUACGGCCCAUACGACCGCUACGAUGAGUACGAGAGUGUUCAAGGCACGCCGAGGAGCGGGUAUGCUGCCCUAGGAACUCCCCGCUCGCCCUAUGGUGCGCCUAACCCUGGCGCGCUGCGCGGCGACAUCGGCGGCCUCUCCUGGCUCGACAGCAUGAUCGAUGGCUCGCUUUUCCCCGAUCUCGGCGGCUUCGAGAUGCUCGGCCCCGGCACGACGCAGUUCGGCAACGAGCAGGCGCAGCUCCUUUCCCUCGAGAGUCCGGAGAAUCUGGCUUCGGGAGCUGGGUCAGCAACAUCAGCUAACGGAGCUGCCCAGAGGGCGGUGCGGGACCGAUCACCGCAAAUCGAGGAUGUCACGAGCUGGGCCAACAUCUCGCACUAUAUCUCACUCUAUCUUGCGUACCUCUGGCCGCUGCUGCCGCUCGUCCACCGUCCUACAUUUGCAGAAAACCUCGUUUCGCGGCUCGAUUUGAGGGACACCGACUUCCGUGCCCUCCUCCUCAGCAUCGUCGCUUUCACCAUCAGCCAGCUGCCAACGACGCGGCUGGUUACGGAGCAGUUUGACGUCGAGGGCCUGAAGCGCCUGCAGCGCAAGUGUCACCGAACGAGCCAGGCGCUCCAGAAGGGGUACACGGGGCAGGUAUCUCUCACGCAGAUCUGCAUCAUUAUUUUUAUCGGACUGCAGCACACGGCGGCGGCGCGUCUGGGCCAGGCUGUCCAGCUCGCCUUCUGCCUCGGCCUGCACAGCGAUGCGCGCACGGAGGCGCUUGGUCUCGAUCCCGUCGAGGUGCAGCUUAGGCGGCGAGUGUUUUGGCAGCUGUACGCGAGCGACAAAACCCGCGCCAUCCCCGGCAACCCAAUGCUGAUCAACGACUUCCAGGGCGUAUGCUCGUACCCCGAAGCCGUCGACGACGACUUCAUAACCUCGCAAGGCAUGUUCCCUCAGCCAUCAUCCAAGACCUCGCUGCUGGUCGGUUUCGUGGCCGUCUCCAAGCUCUUCAGAGUCAUGUCCGAGUGUUUCUUCCACCACCGCUGCCUGCAAAGCGGGCUGAAGACGAUCAACUCGCAAUGGCCGCAACUCGCCGAGGAGCGGAUCCACAAGCUCCUGAACGAGCUCCCGCUCAGCAUUCAGGACCCGAAUACGGCCUCGGCGAACCGGGCCAUCUUCGCGACGCAGCGCGCCAACAUUCUCAUCACGACCGCCAUCGUCAAGUUUGCGCUGUACGACCUGCGCUCGGCGCUGGCAGAGGACGAGCGGGGUGAGCGCGGCGGCGAUAGGAGUGAGCCAGACAGUAAUGACUCGAAUGAGACGAGGGACACGCGCGAGACGCGGGAUCGCGAGCGCGAGCGCCAGGUCAUUGCGCGCGAGAUUUACAAUCUCCUCAUCAGUAUUCCCGUCGAGGACCUCGCGAGUAAUGGCGAGAGCGUGAGGAGCAAAGUCAUCCAUAUUGCAUGUGCGCUCGUCAACACCAACACGAGCGAGGACAAUACGCUCAUCAAGGACUGGUGCGACAUGUUCUCGGCCAUCAGCUUUGUGCAGAUGCCCGUGCCGUUGCUCGACUCUCGCGCCAAUACGCCUCCGCCAGCCGCCGAGCCGCCAGUCGCCUAG